AGCGCUGCGCUGGACGCGGCGGGCGCAGCAGCCGCGCGACAGCGGCACCAGCAGCUGCUCGAGGGCGCCAUCCGGCUGAUGGGCGUGUGUUCGCGCCUGUGCCACUCGGCACUGGCGGGUCGGCCGCAGGCGACUCGCCACCUCCGCGCCAUCCUCCACCGGCUCUACGACCUGCUGGACAAGGUGAACGCUCUGCUGCCCUGGGCCACCCUGCUGCCGGUGGUGUCGGCGCUGAUGGCCAGUGAUCUGGCCGCGGUGCGCCGGCGCGCCAUGGACCUGCUCGCGUCCCGCCUGCAGCUGCAGCACGACGGCUUCUCCGAGAGCGACGUGCCGGCGCUGCUGGCCAUCACAGACGAGCUGGUGGCCGCCGCCGGCGCCGAGUCGGAGGACGGCUCCGCCCUGAGCCGGCAGACUGCGCUGUUUGCCGUCAAACUGCUGAGCCGGCGGCUGUCGGCCGACCAGCCCCGCCACUUUGUCCAGGUGCUCGGCGCCGUGUGCUCGCUGGCGGCCGGCGGCCAGCUGCCGGCGCCGCUGCUGGCCUCGGUGCUGCUCUGCCUGGCCGAGCUGGUGGCCGGACUGCGCGCGCACGCCGUCGGCCGGCUGCCGGCCGUGGCCGCCGUGCUGCUGGCCGCGCUCUCAGACUCUGACCGGCUCAG